UAAACUUUAGUAACGGAUACAGAAAAAUACGGCAGCAUAAACGGCCGCCUGUGCGUAGGCAACACAUGACUCCCUGUACAAUGCUUUUUAAUUAAAUUACAAAUUAAUUGGUCUCUGAUAAGAAGCGACACUGAGGCACGCCACUGGCAGCCCUAGGCCAGAUUAGAUAAAGGCUUUGGCGAUAUUGGCGCUACACCUAGUUCUUAAUGGUCGACCACUUUGUUAACAAGUUCAGACAACGCUAAACAGUCGGGCCGGACAGAAAGUGCAGUGCGAAAGAUGGCGUAUAGUUGUAACAUCCAACUGGACAACCCCCGUGGGGCCUAUCGAGCCGGCGAGACCAUUAAUCUGACGGUAUUUUUGACCCUCACGGAACGCGCGCUUAUUAAAGCGAUUUCUCUUGAGUCAAAUGGUUAUGCCUAUACAGCUUGGCAGGAGCCUCAAAAAAAAAGAAAAUCAAAAAAUCCCAGUACCCAAUCACAAAAUAUAUUAUUAGAUUUUGAAAACCGGGUGGAUUAUUUUGCGAAAAUCGAUUACUUUUUGGGAUCAGAAGCGGCUCAGCCACAAAUAAUCGAAGCGGGCACCUACAAAUACGGCUGUGUCGUGAAGCUCCCAAAAAACUGCCCUGGAAAUUUUGAGGGAACUUACGGGCAUAUUCGGUAUAUUUUACAAGUUCUGGUCCACAGCAGUGCUAAUCGUCCGGUAAAUGUGGUCCAUGUCAGUACACUGCAGAUAUUUCCGCUAAAUAGUCUACCUCAGGAGUCCCGAAGCUGUGAGGAACAUUUAAUAGAGGAAACUCCUCGUUUGAAAUUCUGGAUGAAACCACUAGAGAUGAAAGUGCAAAUUCCCAGACAAGGCUACUCGCCGGGCUCCGGUAUUUCUGUUCACGUAAAAGUUCAUAAUCCGGAAAAACUGCAACUUCGUGAAGUUAGUUACGCCCUUGUACAGAUAAGCACCUUUGUGGGCCAGCAAAAGAAAAAGCCAAAACGCAGAGCUUCUAAAGUUCAGCGACACAUAAUCUUAAGCAGUUGUCACGAGCUCUUUAAUCUUCCGCGUGCAGAGCUCGAAAACUUUCAGCACCUUUAUAUGCUGCAAGUGCCACAAACGGCGGCUACUCUGAUCGUCGCUGAAUGUGCCUGCAUUCAGCUAAACUAUGAGGUUGAGGUUAUGGUACGGACCCAGAACCCCAAGCGCUUUAUUGUGGUGAGAAUCCCAGUUACUAUCGGAAAUGUGACGCCCCCUUGUCCGGGUAAACUUUUAAUGAAGGAACCAACACAAAUUACUGGUCCAGGACCAAUGGCUCCAACAGAAACUGCGUUAAAAUUGGAGCAAAGCUUUAGUACCUCCACCUCCUCUUUGGUUUCUAAUUUUCGUGAAGCUGAAUUUAUGGAAGCUACCAAUCUGAACAAGACAACCAAACACUACCUUUCUGGUGAACAUUUGGAUUUUAGACCGCGAUACGUUUAUUAUGAAAGGGAUCAGUUAAAAUGAAGCACAACAAACAACCUACUUCGGAAACGCUAUUCUAUACAGGGAAAUUGAUUUAAGUUUAUUAAUUUUAUUUUACAGUGCACACCUAUAAUUGUGUCGCGAACACUGCCGUUACAGUGUACAAUUUAUUUUAAAAUGAAAAAAUAAGAAAUAGUACCUAUGUUUUUAUUAAUCCCAAAAGAAUUUUGUAAAAUCUUAGAAUUUAUUCAAAAUUUGUGGAACAAAAUGCCCCAGUUGAUCUA